CAUUGGCGCAAGUCUUCGGAAGCAGCUCAGUUUAAAAGGACUCCCCCAAUACUGCAGAGUGCAAUCGAAGUUGACGCAAUCAUCCCCAGGUAGUCGUCACCAUGUCACGAAACCCUUUCCCGACCACGCAGAUGCAGAACUUAUGGAAGGAGACCAUAGAGAAAGAGGCGCACGCGCGGCUGAUGGCGUUCAACCGCCUGCGCGGCAAACCACGGACCAGAUCUAACCACGCCGAGGUGGUCCAGCAUCGCCGCGACCUAAACAAGCAGGCUCUGCUUACCAUCCAACUGCCCGACAUCCCAGAGACCAGACACCCCAUGCUGAAAACAGAGUUCGUGAUGGCGUCCCACUCCGUGCCUCCUGACGAUGCCUGCGACGACCUGCAGGACGUCGGGAUGCGGCCCGUGCUGCCGCUGGUCAAGGACACGCUAUACGAGGGCUACUCAAAGCUGGGCCGGGGCCGCAAGCUGUACCUCCGGAUGAGGAACGACAAGAAACCAGAGGACAAGUUCAUUUACCCCCUCUGCUCGUCCUGGGAGUACGGCUGGAGGUUGCGGGACGCUCUCGGUCAGGACGGGCUCCAGAGGCCGAAGUACGCGUCCUAUGCUAUAAUAGAGGACACGUUCUAUUCAAAUCAAGGAACUGGUGUGGUGCACGACGGUUGUGUAAUGCAGCACUAAGCGUGACCGCUAAAAUGGUAAGGCAGUUGUACUUCAUUUCGCGGUUUACUUUAUCAUCUUAACUUUGUAUACCUUUCUGGGUUUACUAUGGCUUAACUGGGUACAGUUGUUGUUGUUUUUUUUUACACCGGGUCCAAAAAAUUCCCGGUGGGUCCAAAAUUAAAAAAAAAUAAUUAACGUCUCAUUUUCUAUAAUAUAUGCCAGUCUUUAAACAGAUAGUCCUAUCGACAGUCCUACAGAGAGUCCUUCAGACAGUUCUAUAGGCAAUCCUACAGCAUACUUGUGUUUCUCUAUUGAUUAGUAUAACAGUCGCCUCCGGAACAAAUCAACUUUUUACCCGAGUUCAUCCGUCACGCAUGAUGCUCUCUGCUUGACAGCUACCUCCACUCAGCACUAUUAAUAUUAAACAUGUUGAGUAGGGGGAGGGCCAGUUAUGAAUAGUAAGCAGCCACACCAGAAGAGAAAUAUAUACGAAGGGAUUGUUUGACCCAUACAGAGAAGAUGUGUAUUUUAUUAAAGAAAAAAAUCAAGGUUAUAAAUAACGAGGGCGAGGUGGGUGGUGGGUGGUGGGGAAUGAGACGGCAGAGCCGUUCUUAGGAGUUUUGGGGCCCUAAGCAUGGAGCGUAGGUUGAGGGCCCCGGAAGGGGAGGUCCGGGGGUGGAGCUUCCUCGAGCUGAGGAGAAAACACCACCCACCACUGCGGCACCUCCAUUCUGCCUUCAUCAAUGUUUCCUCUUUGCUCGCGUGUAACCACUGACCAUAUUGAUAAUUCCGCCACUAGAGGAAAUGUGUACUUCUGAAAUAUAUGGACAUGCAGGUGGUAGUGGGGCCCUAGGCGGUUGCCUAGUUUGCCUACAUGCCUAAGAAUGGCUCUGGUGGCACUUAUUUCCUUAUUUUGAGUAAGGAGAUCGCCCCCGUUUAUCAAUAAUUUGUUUGUGUGUGCAUCAUUGCUAUAUCCCUUAGGUGUUAAGUGGCCCUACUGGGGCCCCUUCACGUUUGGGGCCCUACGCGGAUGCGUAGUCAGCGUAUGCCUAAGAACGGGCCUGGACACGGAAACGAUUUAGGACAUAAAUUUACCAUCUCGUCUCCUGAGAAAGUCGAUAUAUAUAUCUAUAUAUAUCUAUAUAUAUAUAUAUAUAUCUAUCUAUCUAUCUCUCUCUCUAUAUAUAUAUAUUUAUAUAUAUAUAUAAAAAUUGUAGCAAAACAGCUAAUUUCGCUUGGAAUGAAACCCGACUCACGUGACCACCGAAUAUUUUCUAUUGCCACAAGAACAAGUUCCACAUUCUGGCAUUAGGAAUUAAACCUAUGUCAACAAAAGUUGCUUAUAAAUGAACUAUCCCACUAGUUGCUUAUAAACGGACUAUCCCAACAGUUGAUUAUAAACGAACUCUCACAAACUGACCUCGCCCACCAACGGUGGCAGGAAGUUCUGAAAUAAACGAAAUUAUCUUGAUUCUAAAUUUAUUGGGGCUGAUAUUAUCAUUACGAGAUAACGGUUGAUCAUGCAUUGGUAGCAAUCUAUUGUGUUAUUUUUUUCCAUUUCACAGAAAUUCAAUUAUCGAAAUGGACUCAUCCCAUGGCAUCACCCCUUGAACUCAUUCCAUGAACUCACCCCAUGAACUCAUCCCAUGGACCCACCCCAAAGCUCGCCAAUUUAAAUAUAUGUAAAAACUGAAAUGUCUUCAUAUGAAAUAAAGUUUAAAAAAAUAUCUAUUUUUACUUUAAGUAACAUUUUGUGUACUUUUAUUAGUACCGAAUGCAUUAUCCAUAGGUCAAGGUCACACGGUCACCAAUAUACCCUAAAAGCGACCUAGUCUCAGUGGAUCUAAAAAUGGACUACUAUGUUGAAUGUACAGGGCCUUUAAAGGCUUGAUGGAACCAUGGUGUUUAAAGAUCGUUCAAUAAAG